GUGAAGAACAUAAUCAAGAGACAAACAAGGUGAGAAAGACAUGGCUGCAGGCAGCAGGUUCGAGGCCAAUCCUUUUACCGACGACGACAUUAAUCCCUUCUCUCAACCUGCAGGAAGAGUAUACAAUGAUGGUGGCGCAACUAUUAAUAUUCCUCUCCAUACAGAAAAGGAGAUAAAGAGGAAGGAGAUAGAGUUGCAAACCAGAGAAACAGAACUAAACAGAAGGGAAGAGACAUUAAAACGAAGAGAAGAAGCCAUAGCAAGGGAAGUUUUCAUAGAAGAUAAAAAUUGGCCCCCAUUCUUCCCCAUCAUUCACCAUGACAUUGCAAAUGAAAUCCCCAUUCAUUCGCAAAGGCUGCUAUAUGUUGCUUUCGCAUCACUUUUGGGAUUGACAUUAUGCCUUACUUGGAAUGUGAUAUCCACACUUACAGCUUGGCUCAAGGGUGAAGGUAUUAAGAUCUGGUUCCUUGCAAUUAUAUACUUGGUUUCUGGUGUCCCAGGAGCAUAUUGGCUAUGGUAUCGUCCCCUGUAUCGCGCGAUGAGGAUUGACAGUGCUCUGAGCUUUGGAUGGUUCUUCAUUUUCUAUCUGAUUCAUCUAGCCUUUUGCAUCUACUCCGCUGUUGCUCCUCCUUUUCCUUUCAAAGGAAAAUCUUUGACUGGUUUUCUUCCAGCCAUGGAUGUUAUUGGAGGCAAUGCCAUAGUUGGGGUAAAGUAUAUCAGACAAGUAAAUUGCAGAUAUUAUGUACUAGAAAAGAAACUACUGAUUGUUUCUUCAUUGAUUUCAGAUAUUCUAUUUUAUUGGGUUUGGUUUCUUCUGCCUCGAGUCACUUAUCAGCCUUUGGGUCAUUCAGGUAAUGUGUCUUUCUUAGAUCUGCAUCAUCUAAUGCUAGAAAUCACUGAAUUCUCCAAUGUUGCAGCUCAAAACGAGGGCAGGACUGAUCGGUUUGUUUCACUUGUGUUAUUGCAGCAAGUAUACAUGCACUUCAGAAGAAGUGGAAAUGGAGAGGCAUGA